GGAAAUUAUUAGACUUGGUUUAUUACCGUUGAGUUUAGAAGAAGAAAAAGCUCUAGAAAAGAAGAGAAAACGUGUUUGUACCUCAAAAGUUUUUGGCAUGCCUAAAAAUUUAUUAAUAGAAAUUUAUACUGGAGGUUUUUUGUAUGCCUUUCUAAUUCUUGCAGGACUUUUGUCCCGCACUAGCUCUUUCGUUAAUGCAUGUUCGUGGAAUUUACUUUGUUUUUCAGGGAAAAUUUCAUUUAGCAUAUACUUGCUUCAUCCAAUUGGACUUACAAUUGUAAAUAAUUAUGCGACAACUAUAGGAGUACAAGGGGCGGCGAGGGAAACGGAAGAUGAUGAAAAAGUUAAUGAUAUUUUAGAUGCGGUAAUGUUGUCAGUUGUGGUGACGAUUGCCAUAUCAUGGUGCUUUAAUAAGGCUAUUGAAAGGCCAAUUAUGAAUUUUACAAAUUACAUUACCAAAACAAAAUUUUUUGAAUAUAAAAAAAAUCAUAAACGUUCUGAUUUACACAUUGCUUAA